UUUCUUGUUCCCCGGAUGUGGCAUCACAUGAGUUGACUGUCAACAUGCAAGAUGGCCACGCAUCACAGGCAAAAUGCUGCUGGGCGGAGAAAAGUACAGGUGUCCUACGUCAUUAGGGACGAGGUGGAGAAGUACAAUCGAAACGGGGUGAACGCGCUGCAGCUCGACCCCGCGCUCAACCGGCUCUUCACCGCUGGGAGGGACUCCAUCAUCCGGAUAUGGAGCGUCUACCAGCACAAGCAGGACCCGUAUAUCGCCUCGAUGGAGCAUCACACGGACUGGGUCAAUGACAUAGUUCUCUGUUGCAAUGGGAAAACAUUGAUAUCUGCCUCAUCGGACACGACAGUCAAAGUAUGGAACGCACACAAAGGGUUCUGCAUGUCAACGUUACGAACACACAAGGACUACGUGAAAGCCCUGGCCUAUGCUAAGGACAAGGAGCUGGUGGCGUCUGCAGGCUUGGACAGGCAGAUCUUUCUGUGGGAUGUGAACACUCUGACAGCACUCACUGCUUCCAACAACACUGUUACCACCUCUUCACUGAGCGGGAACAAGGACUCUAUCUACAGUCUGGCAAUGAACCAGAUGGGCACAGUCAUUGUAUCUGGAUCCACAGAAAAGGUUCUGAGAGUGUGGGAUCCCCGUACAUGCGCAAAAUUGAUGAAGCUAAAAGGCCACACGGACAACGUCAAGUCGCUGCUGUUGAAUCGAGACGGCACUCAGUGCCUGUCGGGCAGCUCAGACGGGACCAUCCGCCUGUGGUCACUCGGCCAGCAGAGGUGCAUCGCCACCUACCGGGUGCACGACGAAGGGGUUUGGGCCCUGCAGGUCAACGAGGCCUUCACACACGUCUACUCAGGGGGCAGGGACAAAAAGAUCUACUGCACUGACCUGCGCAACCCAGACAUCCGCGUGCUCAUCUGCGAGGAAAAGGCCCCGGUGCUCAAAAUGGAACUGGACAGAUCUGCUGACCCACCUCCAGCAAUCUGGGUCUCCACCACCAAGUCAUCCGUCAAUAAAUGGUCAUUAAAAGGAAUGCACAACUUCAGAUCAUCAGGGGAGUAUGACAACGACUGCACUACCCCUCUGACACCAUUGUGUACUCAGCCAGAGCAAGUCAUCAAAGGAGGUGCCAGUAUUAUCCAGUGCCACAUUCUGAAUGACAAGAGACACAUACUCACCAAAGAUACCAACAACAACGUGGCAUUCUGGGAUGUCCUAAAGGCUUGCAAGGGUGAAGACUUGGGGAAAGUGGAGUUCGACGAAGAGAUUAAAAAGCGUUUCAAGAUGGUCUAUGUGCCAAAUUGGUUCUCAGUUGACCUGAAAACUGGGAUGCUCACCAUCACAUUGGACGAGAGCGACUGCUUUGCUGCCUGGGUGUCUGCAAAGGAUGCAGGGUUCUCAAGCUCUGAUGGAUCCGACCCAAAGUUAAACCUGGGUGGACUGCUGCUGCAGGCUCUGCUGGAGUUCUGGCCCAGGACUCGCAUCAACCCCAUGGACGAGGAGGAGAACGAUGUGAACCACGUGAACGGAGAGCAGGAGAACAGGGUCCAGAAGGGGAAUGGAUAUUUCCAGGUGCCGCCACACACGCCAGUCAUCUUUGGGGAGGCAGGAGGCCGAACUCUCUUUAGGUUGCUAUGUAGAGAUUCAGGAGGAGAGACUGAAUCCAUGCUACUAAAUGAGACGGUCCCACAGUGGGUUAUUGACAUUACUGUAGAUAAAAAUAUGCCCAAGUUCAAUAAGAUCCCAUUCUACCUCCAGCCCCAUUCCUCUUCUGGCGCUAAAACUCUGAAGAAGGACCGUCUGUCAGCCAGCGACAUGCUCCAGGUGAGGAAAGUGAUGGAGCACGUCUACGAGAAGAUCAUCAACCUAGACAACGAGUCGCAGACGGCCAGCUCCACCGCCAACGACAAGCCCGGCGAGCAGGAGAAGGAGGAGGACAUGGCGAUGCUGGCUGAGGAGAAGAUAGAGCUCAUGUGUCAAGACCAGGUUCUGGAUCCCAACAUGGACCUGCGAACAGUUAAACAUUUUAUCUGGAAGAGUGGAGGGGACUUGACGCUUCACUAUAGGCAGAAGUCCACGUGAAAGUCAUCAUUUUUAGAAAAACAAGAACUCUGUCAUUUGCCAAUCACCACCCACCUCUGACAUGUAGUGCCCUGAACCCCGUUGUGUGGUCAAAGAGUCGCAAGUAUCAAUGAGAACCCAGUCAAAAUUUGUGAGGACGUGGCUCAUGGUGUAUCAUAGGGAACUGACCCGAACAGGCCCGAGCAGCCAACACACACCUGGGAAACAAGCGGUCCAUGUUUUUUUUGCAGUAUGAAGAAUGGACUCUUAUUUUGUUGAAUUUUUUUCAGACACUCACCAAUGUGUUUUUUUUCUUCUCCUUUGACUGUUAAGUUAGUUUCUUUCCUCCUGACUGCCAUUUUAUUUUGAAGCGAUCGUGUUUGUCUAUGAGUGUGUGCGCGUGUGUGUAUGCACAUGGAUGUAGUAGACUGUUCUAGUACAUUCCAGAAACUGUCCUCGUUCCACAAACACUCCACACCCGUGUGAGCAGUGUCACCAGUUUGGGAGUACACUCGGUCUCUGGGUAGCAUCACAGUCCCUUGAAGCGAUCCUCGUGUGUUCUGCUGUGGACAUCGUACAACCUCAACUUGAACUUAACCUCGGCUUAGACGUCUAAUCAUUGAACUAUAUUGACAUAGC